AUCAUUUUCGGCUCUGCCCAAGAAGUGGCGGGAGUGAUGCGAGCAGUCCGAAGAAAUAAUGCCACAGGUCAUUUUUCAUGGAUCGGUAGCGAUGGCUGGAGUGCGCGAGUCUCAGUGUUUGAGAGGAAUGAGGCUGAGAUUGAAGGAACAUUGUCCGUUCAACCCCGAGCACACCGCGUGAAGGGGUUCGACCAAUACUUCUUGAGUCUUACGGUAGCGAACAACAAUCGUAACCCGUGGUUCACCGAAUACUGGGAACACUACUUCCAAUGUAAGUGGCCCAACAGUACUCCUACUCCCUAUAAUCAGAAGUACAGCAGAAUUUGCAAGGGGAACGAGACUAUGACGUACGUGAAUGGAUACGAACCUGAACCGCAACUCCAGUUUGUCAGUGACGCUGUGAUGGCGUUUGCUUAUGCUUUUAAAAACAUGCACAGAGAUUUAUGCGGAGGAGAUCCUGGGCUGUGCCCCCAGAUGGACCCAGUAGACGGCACCAAACUUUUAGAAUAUUUGUACAACGUUCACUUUACAGGGUUAAGUGGUGAUGAUUUUCAGUUUUCUGAAAAUGGAGAUGGCCUGGCUAGAUACAACAUAAUUCAUUUCAAACAAACCAGCGCCGGUGUUUAUGAAUGGGUUCGAGUUGGUGAGUAUCGGGAAGGGCAGCUCUCACUUAAUUUAUCUAAUAUCCAGUUUCGUCUCCAAGGUCCCGAGAUGCCACUCUCCUUUUGCAGUAACCCAUGUGCUAAGGGACAAGCUAAGAAGUUCGUGGAAGGCGAGAAUUGUUGCUGGCAUUGUUUUAAUUGUACGAAUUAUCAAGUUUUGAUUUCCGAGACCCAGUGUGUUGAAUGUCCACUCGGCUUUCUUCCAGACGUUGAUCACCGGCACUGUGAAUCUAUUCCAGAGCUCUACAUGAGUCCAGACACGACCUGGGCUGUAGGAGCGUUAACUUUUGCAACUAUUGGAAUUUUUCUAACUAUCUUCGUUAUCUUUGUCUUCGUGCGCUAUCAGGACACUCCUGUGGUGAGGGCUUCCGGCCGAGAGUUAAGUUAUGUUCUCUUAGCAGGUAUUCUUCUUUGUUUCGGAAUGACCUAUGUUCUCGUGCAGCGGCCUACGGACGUUAUUUGUGGUGCUCAGAAAGCUGGAAUUGGAUUCUGCUUUGUCGUUGUUUACAGUGCCCUCCUGACUAAGACAAAUCGCAUCUUUCGUAUAUUCAAGGCUGGGAAACGCACAACCACAGCACCUAGUUUCAUCAGCCCACGUUCUCAGCUUGUCAUCUGCGGUGGACUUAUUAGUGUUCAGGUGUCCAUCACAGCUGUGUGGCUAGCCUGCGCGCCUCCAAGGGCCAUCCAUCACUAUCCUACAAGAGAAGACAACAAUCUGGUGUGCUCGGCAUCAAUCACCAACAGCUACAUAGUCGCUUUUGCCUAUCCAAUUCUACUCAUUGUUAUAUGUACUGUCUACGCCAUACUGACUCGAAAAAUUCCCGAAGCUUUCAACGAAUCGAAGUAUAUUGGCUUCACCAUGUACACCACCUGUGUCAUCUGGUUAGCAUUUGUUCCUAUCUACUUCAGCACUGCUCAACACGUGAUUCUGAACAUUACUACCAUGUCCAUGGCCAUAAGUCUUAGCGCCACUGUCACUUUGGUGUGUCUGUUCACUCCGAAACUCUACAUCCUCCUACUUCAUCCGGAGCGUCAGUCGCUAAUACUUCAGAGCAAGCAUGUCACCCAGAGAGUUAAUAAAUCAGUGAUAUUCCUCCGAGUGGAAUCAGCUACCCAGUCUGACGACUGCGAAAUGAACGACCAGCUGCGUUUUGUGUGGUCGCUGAACAGUAAGGUGAGUUGUGCUACCCAGACUGCUAUGGCCAGUAACGUGGCAAGUUUCGACAAGUUCUGAUGUUCUUCCAAACCUGUUCGAAAGAUGCUUGUAUAAAGAUGUUCAAGAUUUCUCUGUCCGGAAUUGUUGUACACAGAUCACAGAGACACUUAAUAUGCUUUAUAUGAUACCGUCGUAUCUGUCCGCCACAGGGGCUGGAGAAAACAAGGAAAAUCUUAGCCAAGAUCAUUUACUUUGAACAUUAAAAAAUAAUUCGAAAAAAAUCAAAUGGAUUUUCCUGUGGUACAAAACUGUUGGCUAUUGGGACUAGCGAUUGAAACUAAAGGAUUCUAUUGAAAAAAAAAAGACUGUAUUUAGAAGGAAUAGGAAAUACUUAAGGUAAAAAAGUAUGAAACUGCUAGAAAGUUUUUAUUUUCUCUCCUUGAAACUUAACAAUUUCUGUGCAUUUGGGUUUUAUUUGACAGUCAAUAGAAGGGCAUUUUUGGAUUAUCAAUCUCUAAGUUUAUUGGUGGAUGUUGGGUAGAUGAUG